AUGCCUACUCCUAUCGCCAUAGUCGGAAUCUCUGCCGAGUUACCUAGCGGGACUUACUCGAAGGCGAAUCUAGAGCACAGCUCCUUCUUUGAUUUCCUGCUCAACGGCGAGGAGUCUUACGAAUGUAUGCCCGACGGUAGAUUCAACGUUGAGGCGUGGAAAGGGAACAACCGCGGCGAGAUUAGAGUCAAUGCUGGAUCAUUUCUCAAAGACAUAGACUUGUUUGACAACGUCGAAUUUGGAAUCUCUGCUAGAGACGCCCGUACCAUGGCUCCAGCGACCAGGAAGCUCGUAGAACAGUGCUUCCUGGCCCUCGUGGACUCGGGAAUUGACUACCGCAACAGAAACGUCGGGUGUUUCACCUCUGGGACGAAUCUGGAGUUGACCAACGUCGCUGACCCGGACGAAUUUGACUGUGAAGGAUCGUUCGCGGGAAACCCAUCCAUGAUAUCCAACCGCGUCUCCACCCAUCUCGAUUUACUCGGACCAUCUGUCCCAACUGAUACGGCGUGCAGCUCUUCCCUCACAGCAUUGCACUUGGCAGUGCAGUCCAUUUCAAAUGGGGAAUGUGAUGCCGCUGUCGUUGCUGGAUGUCAGCUCAACCACCGAUUUGGAAGGGCGGAAGCAUGCGUGGCGAUUGUGGUUAAGCCUCUUCAGCAGGCGAUCCAGGAUGCAGAUCAGAUCUAUGCGACGAUUUUAGCCACGGCAAUAAACUCCUCUGGCGGUGGAGCUCCUCCUGGUGCACCAGUGGCUGAAGCUCAGCGUGAUGCAAUGCGACGAGCUUUCAAGCUUGCAGAACGCAACCCACGAGAAGUGGAUUUUAUCGAACUUCAUGCUACAGGUACUGCGAAGGGCGACCCUACCGAAGUUAAUUGGGUCGGAGAGGAAUUUAGUCGUGAAGAUGAAGUGCUGAUAGGGAGCGUCAAAGGAAACAUUGGACAUACUGAGAUCGCCGCCUUCCUGGCAUCACUUUCGAAAGUUAUAUCCAUUUUCCGGUCACGCCAAAUCCCUCCCAAUGUCAACGUAAAGGAGCUGAAUCCCGCAAUACAGUGGCUCAAGUAUCAAUUACGCGUGCCACGAUCUCCAACUCCUCUUCCAUGUCACUCCGCGCGUGGCCCGUUGAUUGCUAUGUCUAGCUCUGGGAUCGGUGGAUCGAACGGGCACGCCGUCCUAGAAGGACCACCGACUCGCGGGUCCUUAGAUUCUCGUGCGGAGAUCAUGGCUGCACAGCCAAGUCUCCUAGUAUCUGCGGGGCUAUCUUCUCGUAGCACGGUCGCAUUUUCGGAAUCGAUCACCAACAUGGCAACUAGAAGUGCCUGCGAAGUGCCAGUCUUGUCCACGAUCCUCGGGCGUCGAUCUCGUUCCAUGACUUGGCGCUCCUUCGCGAUUGCCGAUUCGGCGUCUUUGGGGAAACUUCAAUUCUCCUCCCCUCAGCUCUGCCCCCGCGAGGCACGUCCCGUGGUGUUUGUAUUCUCAGGACAAGGGCCUCAGCACGAGCGCAUGGGAAGAGAGUUGUUCGAACGAUUCACCGUCUUCCGUCAUAGUGUUCUAGAGAUGGACAGGAUCUAUGAGACGUUGACAGGCAGUUCGAUGCUUCGUGACUAUGGUCUUUUCGAUGGCUGUGGAUCUCCAGGAAAGCUCAAGGACGUAUGGCCAAUAUCUCUCAUCUUGCCUUCCAUUGCGAUGUUCCAAAUAGCGCUCUUCGAUCUCUUGACGAGCUUCGGCAUGAAGCCUGACAUCAUUAUCGGCCAUUCUGCAGGAGAAACUGCCAUGCUUUACGCGUCCGGUGCCGCUCCGAAGGAGAUGGCCUUCGAGCUGGCCGUCAUUCGCGGACGUGCUUUCGCGCCUCUCGAAGCCCUCGGUGGUGGUAUGGCGGCCAUAUCAUGCGGGAAGGAAGACGCAGAGGAAAUCAUUGCCAGCGUACGCUCAGAACUCCCGGACAACAUCCUCGAAAUCGCCUGUUUCAAUUCACCCUCUGCCAUCGCCAUCGCGGGCCACGACAUCGCAAUCACACGGGCGCUGGAGCUCUGUCAGACUCGAGGUGUGUUCGGUCGCAAGAUCCGCACGAGCGUGCCCAUGCACUCGUCCAUGAUGGAGCGGUGUCGAGAAGACUACUGCAGAGAGCUCCGAGCACUGUUUGAGCGGUACCCUGGCCAGCACGUCCCACAGAUCCCGACGUACUCGACAUUGACAGGAGAGAGGUUGUCCGACUCGAUCGACGCCGACUACUUCUGGAGGAAUACGCGAUCGCCCGUACGGUUCACGCAAGCGAUGGAAAGGCUUACCGCGUCGCAGUCGUGCACAUUUGUAGAGAUUUCACCACAUCCUGUCCUGGUGUCCUACAUCUCAUCCAUGGCCGGCGACGGUAGCCCGGUCAUAUCAACGAUGCAUCGCGUGAAGCCAAACAUGCCGUCUGUGGAUCACGUCGAUCUAUUGAGGGUGUGCGGUGAGCUGACCGCCUCUGGGUUCAAUGGGGUCAAUUUUACCGCACUCAACAAUCGAGCCUGCUACGAAUGCGACGUCUCCCUUCCCGCCUAUCCAUUCUCGAAGAAGAGCUACGCACUCUAUCCGGACACGCCUGGAUAUGCGAAACAGAUGGAACCCCAUCUUGGACCACUGAACCACCGGUAUCUCAGAAUCAACAAGGAUACGCAUCCGGUCCUUGCAGAGCAUGUCAUCAGAGGAGAGCCAAUCAUGCCCGCGGCGGGAUUCAUCGAGAUGGCCAUCGAGUUUGGCGCCACUGCUCUUCUGCACGUUGACCUCAAGGCGAUUUUGUCCCUUUCAUCUGAGACCCCACCGGCGGUAGAAGUGGAGCUGAACUCGUCGUAUUGGAAAGUCCAAUCUGUCACGUCUCAUGAUUGGCACUCGGGCAAACAGCAGAAGCGCCUGCAUGCGGAUGGAUACUUGACGUUCGAGCCAUCUCAGCCUCUCAAAGAUAUAGAUAUUGCCACAAUCCGACAGCGAUGCAAAAACCAUGUGGGCUCAUGUACGCAGUUUUGGGGCUGUAUGACAGGUUCAAUACUGAAUGGCGGAUUCUGUACAGCGUUCUACUCGUCUCUCUCAUACUUCUCUGCCUACGGCCCCCGACUGCGUCGCGUGACGAACGUCUAUUACAGCGAGAAAGAAGCUCUCGUCUCCAUCAAAGGGAUGGAUAAUGCACUGAAGCAGCCUUUCAACGGCAACUAUGAUCAGAAUGCGUAUUACCUUCCUGCACACGUCGAUGCAGUCCUCCUCCACCGCAAUCUUGCUGAGGAACAGCUGCCGCAUCAUCUCUAUGCGCAUGUCGUCCUCAAAGAAUGGUGGCCAGUGGCUAAACAUCACAUCGAUCCAUUACCCGCCGUGCAACGGCCUCUACACCUUAUCUAUCAGCCUGCAUUCUUUGCCCCACAGCAACCAACCCCUGCUUCCCUAUCGUGCAAUGAUCCGCUGCGAAUCAAGCUGGAUACGAUUAACUGUUAUGUGAGCUGGUUAGCCUGUGCAUCAGUGCUUGGUUGCUAA